AUGGGCCAGAGGCAUAACAGACGCCGUACUCGUCGUUCAAGCAAUCGCACUAUCCUCGCUCAACAUCCGACCUUGCCAUUGACAUCUAUUCAAACACCUCAGAAUAGCUUUUGCAAUCUUGCGUCUGUCGACAACUCUCCUGACGCAUGCAUUUCACGUGGAUCUCCGGCAGCCGCCCUCGCCCCAUCAUGGCAAUAUGGGAAUACAGCCUGGCAGAUCCGUGACCGCCCAUCGCGGCUGGAAUCAGGCGGAUUGGAAGAAGCGCAGUGUCGUCUAUUCGGUGGAGAGCCGGGCGACGAUGUGAGCCUUUGUUACCGAAUGCUUGAGUACUUCGGCGGACUCGACUACAUCGACUCCACGAGUGGCCAUGCCCUUGGAGAUUGA